CCUUUGUUUUGAAUACGUCCGCCUACCAGAGUUGCGCGCGCGUAUUGGCAGGUAGAAAGUGCCUUGACAACAGUUGAUCGUGUAUAUAAACAACUUGAACUUUUCCAAAAUCGUAUCAUCGAAAUCGAAAAAGAAACAUCCAGGAAAAUUAAAAUGCCUGAUAGCUGUUGCGCGGUGGGCUGCGCCAACAAAAGAUUUGGAAAAAACAAGGAUCUUCCUUUCUAUCGAAUUCCUAGGGGCAAUACCCAGAUAGAAAAACGGCGAAGAGAAGCUUGGAUCAAAGCGAUUCGUAGGGACGACUGGAAAUCUUGGUCUCCCGAACAAAUAUCUCGUGCACGAAUCUGCGGCGAACAUUUCAUUACCGGUAAAAGAUCUGACGAUCCAGAAGCCCCAAACUGGAUACCAACAAUUUUUAAUUUUACAAAAGAAGAGCCCCAAUCUAGAAUCGAUGCAAGGCAAAAAAGAAAGGCAAGAUUUGAAAGUCGAGAAGCUAAACGACUCAAAAAGAUUGCCUGUGAAGAUAAAAUUGAAAGUAUAGUUGGCAACCAGCAAUCUGAAGGUUCAAACGAAGAAAUCACAAGCCAUAAGGAAGCUUCAACACAAUGCAAUUUAAAUGAAAAUGGUGAUAUUCAAAAUUUGAAAGAUGAAAUUGCACAAUUAACAGCAGAGUUAAAUGAAAGAAAUUGUGAAGUCUACAAGCUGCGUCAAGAAAAUGAAAGUCUAAAAGCUAAUUCUUUUGGGUACAGAAAAGUUAGAUUAUUGAAUGAUUUCAAAUUUUUUACUGGUCUAGCUAACCUACACUUGUUCCUAUGGGUGGUUAGUCUAGUGAAAGGGGUGAAAACUUGUCUGAAGUCAUUGUCAACUGAGGAUCACGUUUUAAUGGUGUUAAUGAAACUUAGACUUGGUUUGCUAAACAAAGAUAUUGCCUAUAGGUAUGGAUUACAGCCAACCAUGGUAUCAAAGAUUUACAGACAAUGGCUGCCUGAAAUUUCUAAAGCCAUGCAAAGUUUGAUUGUCUGGCCAAGUCGUCCAGAGUUACGUCUGAAUCUUCCAACUUCAUUCAGAAGAAAGUACAGUGACUGUGUCUGCAUAAUUGACUGUUAUGAAAUAUUUGUUGAACGACCAAAGAAUUUGACAGCCCGGGCUCAAACAUGGUCUAAUUAUAAGCACAAUAACACCACUAAGUAUCUUGUUGCCAUCAGCCCUGCAGGUGCUGUUAUAUUUUUAUCUACUGGCUGGGGUGGCAGAGUAUCAGAUAAGGAAAUAACGUUACAAUCUGGCUUUUUGGACAAGAUAUCAUAUGGGGACUGUGUUUUGGCUGAUCGGGGGUUCCUGAUUGAGAAUGAGCUGAAUUCUAGGGGGUCAUUUCUGAAAAUUCCUAAAUUUACAAAAGGAAAGGAGCAAUUACCAGCAAAGGAUGUCCAUGAUUCUAGAAGACUAUCAAAUGUUAGAAUUCAUGUGGAAAGGGUUAUUGGACAAUUGAAAAAAUUUAGGAUUUUACAGAACACAAUACCUCUUACUCAAAUUGAUCUUUUGGAUGAUGCUAUGGUAGUGAUUGCAGCAGCUGUUAACUUAAACAAAAGUGUUGUAACAUAA